GAACAGCUGCAGUGAACGGAAAUGGUGUCUUCUACGGGACUACGCGAAACAAGCCAAAAGCUAGCGCUAGGGCUAGGGCCCAAGGUUCCCACGGAGCCGUGCAGAGCGGGAUCAUGGCAGACGACCAGCAGAAGGACACGUCUGACAUGUCCUUUGAGGAGCUGUUGGAGUUGCAGAGCCGAGGGGGACCCAGGGCGUGCAAACAGUUGGCUGGAAGAAGCGCUCCGAAGCAAAGCCCCAGACAGCCUGUGUGUGUUGCCGAUAAGCACCGGCCUCUGGAAAUGUCAGCCAAAGUCCGAGUGCCAUUCUUACGUCAGGUUGUUCCCAUCAGUAAAAAGGUAGCCCGGGACCCCCGCUUUGAUGAUCUGUCAGGGGAAUAUAACCCCGAGAUAUUUGACAAGACUUACCAAUUCCUGAACGAUAUCCGAGCCAAGGAGAAAGUGCUUGUGAAAAAGCAGUUGAAGAAGCGCCGAUCAGGGGAGGAGCGUGAGAAGCUGCAGCAGCUGCUUCGGCGAAUGGAACAGCAGGAGAUGGCACAGCAGGAGCGAAAGCAGCAGCAGGAGCAGCGCCUGGCCUUGAAGCAGGAACGGCGGGCUCUGGCACAGCGGGGCCAUCGGCCCUACUUCCUGAAGAAAUCUGAGCAGCGCCAGUUGGCCCUAGCUGAGAAGUUCAAGGAGCUGAAACGCAGCAAGAAGCUGGAGAGUUUCCUGAGCCGAAAGAGGCGUCGAAACGCGGGCAAGGACAGGAAGCAUCUCCCUUUGAGCAGUUAGUACUAAGGAACUGUCCCAGGGAGACCUGGGUCUAUGGGACAAGUCUGGGGUUGGCCAGUUCUGGUUCCUCCCUGGUGAACCCUGUGAACUGGGCUGCCUCAGAGGGCUGGUGUGCUAGGGCUGUCCAGCCACAGAAGCCCAGCCUUUCGUCAUGUCACAGUGCCUUCUCAGACUCGUUCAUCAUGGUCUCAUGUUCUCCUUCAUUCUUUCCUUAUGACAUGGGGUACACGUUCAUGGCUCCAGGGAAGGGACUUCACAGAAGAGCCACUUUGACAACAUGCUUGUUACUCAUUGUUUUAUUGUUGUUAUUUUUAAUUGUGUGAAUGUUUCUGUGUGUAGGGGUAUGUGCGCAUGAAUGCAGGGACCUUUGAAGGGCACAGCUUUUACUUCCCCCUAGAACUGGAGUUAGAGAUGGUUGUAAGCUGCCCAGUGUGGGUGCUAGGUACCAAAUGAGUCCUUUGCAAGAUCAAACCACACUUGAUCACUGAGACAUCGCUGUAGUCCCCCACUUCUAUUUACUUAUCCAUUCUUAUUUUGUUUUGUUUUUUCUUGUAUGUAUGUGUGAGGGUGUUGGAUUCUGGAGUUAGAGACAGUUCUGAGCUGUAUGGUUGCCAGGAAUUAAACCUGGGUCCUCUGGAAGAGCAAUCAGUGCUCUUAACCACCAAGCUAUCUCUCCAGCCACCCCCUUGUUGUUUGUUUGAGACAGGAUUUCUCUAUGUAACAGCCCUGGCCAUGCUGGAAUUCACUUCACUGACCAGGCUGGCUUCAAAAUCAGAGAUCUGCCUGCCUCUGCCUCCCAAGUGCAGGGAUUAAAGUCUGCCUGCACCGCCACCUGGCCCUAUUUUGUCUUUAGUUAGAGACCUAGAACUUACUGUUUUGGUGGGCUGUCUGUGGUCCACAGUGCAAGAGAUCAGAUCAGGGACCUCUCCAUCUUAAAUCUAGGCCCUGAGAAGAUGUCUAAGUGUCACUUGACCUUAGGUAGAGUGGGAUGUGGGAGGUAGUGGUCCAUGUUUUUCAGCAUCUACCUGAGAAGGGACUUCAGUGUUUAACCCCUGCCCCCUUGCCUCUGGGCCUGUACCUAGUGAGGCUGUGGAGGAGCUCUGCUUACAGGCCAGGCUCCUCUACAUGGCUGCUUCAGUCUGCUUGCUUCUUUUCUUUUUCUCUGUGUGGUCCUGGCUGUCCUAGAACUCACUUUGUAGACCAGGUUGGUCUCAGCUCAGAGAUCCAUCUGCCUCUGCCUUGCCAGGGCUGGGAUCAAAGGAGUACACUGCCAUACCUGACCUCAGCCUACUUUCUUAUACCACCUGAGACUACCUGCCCAGGGGCGGCACCACCACAGUGAGCUAGGCCCUCCUAUAUUGAUCAUCCAUCAGUCUGGACAAUGCUCGCCUAAAGGCCAGUCCUACAAAUUUUCUCAGUUAAGGUUCCUUCUCAGAAGAUCCUACUUCAGUUUGACAGAGUUUCUGUCCCUCCUGGUCCCACAGCCAUUCAGUCCCAAAGAAACACAUGGGGGGGGGGGAUGACUCAGUGGUUAAGAGCACUGGCUGCUCUUCCAGAGGUCCUGAGUUCAAUUCCCAGCAACCACAUGGUGGCUCACAACCAUCUGUACUGAGAUCUGGUGCCCCCUUCUGGCGUGUGGGCAUACAU